GGGACGAUCGGCCGGAAAGAGCGCCGGACUCCCGUAUAUAAGGCGCUCCGAACGUCCCAGGAUGAGGCGCGCCGGGCAGGGAGCCGCGUCGGAGCGAGGUUUUGGUGGCAGCACGGCAGGCUGCUGACAUGCGACCAGUACAGAAGCUGACCUUUUCGAAGACGUCUUCUAAGUGGUGUGAUGCGGGCUCCCCCUUGUGGGAAUUAAUUGGAUCGAAACUUCCCUGAUUUGAAAAGCGGAUCAGUCCACAGCUGAGCCAUGGAGAUGGUGAGCACGCAACCUUCUGUUCCAGAAUUUGAAGGGAUGGACCCUCUGAUACGCCGCCAUUACAACUUCACAGGGAAGCUCUUCCGAGGAAAAGAAAAAAGCCUGACGACCAUUAUCCUUCUAAUCGUCUGCAGCUUCAUCAUCCUGGAGAACUUGAUGGUGCUGAUUGCCAUCUGGAAAAACAACAAGUUUCACAACCGCAUGUAUUUUUUCAUUGGCAACCUGGCCCUCUGUGAUCUGCUGGCUGGGAUAGUUUACAAAGUAAACAUCUUGAUGUCAGGAAACAAGACCCUGACCUUGUCUGCCCAGAUUUGGUUUAUUCGAGAAGGCAGCAUGUUUGUGGCCCUGGGGGCUUCCACGUUCAGCUUAUUGGCAAUCGCCAUCGAGAGGCAUUUGACAAUGAUCAAAAUGAGGCCAUACGAUGCCAACAAGAAGUACAGGGUCUUUUUGCUCAUUGGGACGUGCUGGCUGAUCUCCGUUUCCCUGGGCGCCUUGCCAAUCCUUGGCUGGAAUUGUGUUGCGGACUUAGCUGACUGUUCCACCAUUUUGCCGCUCUAUUCCAAAAGGUACGUGGCCUUUUGCAUCACCAUCUUCAUAGCAAUCUUGGUGGCCAUUGUGCUGCUCUACGCCCGGAUCUACAUCUUGGUGAAGUCCAGCAGCCGCAACGUCACCAACCACAACAACUCGGAGAGGUCCAUGGCCUUGCUCCGGACAGUUGUGAUUGUGGUCGGGGUUUUCAUCGCUUGCUGGUUGCCGCUGUUUAUCUUGUUGCUGGUCGACGUGGCCUGCAAAGUGAAAGAAUGCCCCAUUUUGUACGAAGUGCACGGGUUCAUUGCCUUGGCGGUCCUCAAUUCAGCCAUGAACCCCGUCAUCUACACUCUGGCAAGCAAAGAAAUGCGCAGGGCUUUCUUCCGCCUCGUCUGCGGCUGCUUGGUGAAGACCAGCGCCACCACGUCGCUGCCUAUCCAGCCCACCCCAGAUCAGAGUCGCAGCAAGUCCAGCAGCAGCAGCAACGCACAGAAACUGAAGGACGAGCACCCACAGACUAACGGCUCGCCAGGUUUAGCGGAAAAGAACGAAUCAUCAUUUCAUAAUGGGAAUUGCUGCAAAUGAAGUCCGUCAACUCUGCAGGCCAAGGAUUCUUUAACUGGCUUUUUAAAAGAGCCGAAUGGAAGCCUUUUGGUGGGGUUUCAUGCACUUAAAUCACGGGGAGAAACACUCGCCAACGGCAUAAUGUCAAGUGC